CUGCCUCGCUACAUCUCCACAUCACGCACGAGAGCACCCGAUCCCUCCGCUAGGAAAAACAAACAAAACACCGGCACUGGAGUGGCAUGCCAUUUUGGUGCGAGCUGCGAGGCUUAGCUCCUUGGUCUCUCCCACUGCACUUCUCUGAUCCCCCCCUCUCCACUAGCUCUCUCCGCCCAUUCCUUGUUCCCGUGAUCAUUCCGGAGCCCCGCGAGAGAGACGGCGCAGAGACGCGGCAAUCUGUGGCUACUCGUUGAGACAGGUAGCUGCAGCCCUGCUUUGCUUUCGCCUGUCCAGGCGGGCGUUCAGCGUAGCAGGUUUGCUGCUGCCUCCUCCUCCAUAUCAUUCUUCCUAGCGCGCCGCCGUCCGGAAGAGGAAGCGAGAGCUCGCCGCCGGCGUGUGGAGCCACCGUGUGCCGCCCGUGAAGGGCCUACUAUACCGGGGAAAAGCUUUGGGCGGAGCGAGGACGACUAGCGGGUGUUUCUGUUUCGCCGCUGUUGCCUUUUAGGUGGCCGUAGCCUCUGGAACACUCUCACUCAUCAGACAGGCCCACAAUUUCUUGGUAAUACAAGUAGCCAAGCAGGUGUGCUCAGCAUGCAGUCAUAUAUGAUGGCGUUCUUCCCUAACACUGCUGCGGCGAACCAGGGGAUGCAUUCCUUGUACAACAAUUGGGCACACAUAUUUGAGAAGUCAUCAGAGAAUACAAGCCUAGGCUUCCAUGUCAUCCGCAAAAUGGCGCAUCUACCUGUCCUGUUGCUAAAACGUUUUGUUUUCCUUGCUGGAAGCGCAAUUUUGACAAUUGCCAUCCACUACAGAGCUCUAAUUGACAUAUGGUUACUGCAAAUGUUUGCUGUCUCCCAGGGUGCACAGAUUCACUGUGCCAUGAUACUGCGAUUCUGCUAUCAGCGCAGAUCUUUGCCUUUGUUUGUUGGUGGUGGUGUUCUGAUGGCCAGGCUCUAUAACUCCAUUACAAUCCCCAACCAUAUAUAUGGUCGACAACUCACCCGCGGUGUUGAAGCUAACCUUCAGGGUCGUUUGCUCAUUCAGAAUAAUGAUUUGUGCAAUCAAGAAUCCUUCCUUCCAAGUUUGCUUGGUAGCAAGCAUGAUUAUGUCCGUUUAGUGCUUCAAUGUAUUUGUAGCACCGCCAUUUUGAAGGUACAUACAGUGCCAAAGGUGAUCAGUUUCCAGGGGAGGUGCGUACAAAAGAAUCAUGUGGGCAGUGCGUUUCGGAAGAUCGUGUCAAAAAAUGGGCAAUACUUGACAUAUAUUGGGGCCUUGGCGACACUACAGAUAUUUCUACAGCUAAACAGAGUGAACACUACCACUUCGCUGCUGCCAUUGCUGUCUCAAACAACAAGUUUAAGGAGCAAAGCUUCAGUUGUCAGUAAUAUCGUGAUAAUUUUGGUGAAUUCCAUUGGCAUUCUUGGAUCUUCCUUCACAGUGAAACAUCACGGUCGUGCGGCAACGUUAACUGUCAGCUCGGCUCUGAUGGUAUUCUGUCAGACCGCAAUUCCAUUCAUUGUGGAGUUCCACACUGGGCUAGGUGGCGGAAGCCGAAUGCCGAGGGGAUUCACCAUUGCGAUGUUCGUGCUCACUUGCGUCGUCUCCUGUGGUCUCAGUUGGUCAUGGGGCUCUUUGUUGUGGACCGUUCCUGGAGACAAGAAGAUUCAGUCGGCUGGGCAAGUUGCGGGCAUUGCUCUCGGUGUUGCCCUCUGCUUCGCCCAGAUGAAGUACUUCCUGGUGAUCCUGUGCCGGCAGAAGAAUGCCAUCCUCGCGUACUAUGCCAUGUGGAUGUGGUCAUGAGUCAAGUUCAGCUAUCGGCGUAGAUGAUUUUGCCGUGACGAAAGAUUGUUAACCCGAUGCAGGCUGUCUAUUUAUCUAUCAGCUGGCUGCGAUCUUGGUCCAUGCUGCAGUGACCAGAGCAUCAAGGGCACAUGAUGGCGGUCAGUAGCACAUUGGAACAGGUUAUCAGGGGCAUGCUUUAUGUCCCGACAUGGAUGACGGUUUGGCGAUAGGCUUUGUAAUCCUCGAUUACAAGAGUGUCCGUCACUUGUUGCUUUUUUUUUCUUUCCUUUUGAACUUUUAGACUUCAAGGCUGUAAUAAUUUUGGCUCUGUGCAUCUAUGCAUUCAGAAGCCAGAAGAGUUAUUAUUCUCUUUCAUUAUUAUCUAGCUGGAGCUGGAGAUUUCUAGUAGUCUUA